AUGGCAACAGAAACUUAUUCAUUGGCAGAGGUUCUGGCUGUCGCCAAGACACACCCUUUCUAUAACCCGGAGAUUGCAUACCCCGCCAAUGCGGAAGCUAUUCAUAGACUUCAGCAGCUGGUCGCUGAACAAAAUGCAAAGCCUGAGCUGCAAGAGCAGCCACUUCUCGGGAAGAAAACACUGUACAAGGUCAUUGAACGACUCACACACGAUGUGGACCCGCGGAACACAUAUCGAGAAUGUUCCUACAUGAGCAUUACGGGUGGCGGCUCUGGCGGGGUCCCCAUGAUGUUCGCCGUGGAUGCACAUGAGAACCGUCAACAGAGAUUGCAGAUGGGGAAAUUUCUCAAACUGUGCGGUGUCAUUCAGCCCGGGGAUUGGGUCUUGUCCACUCAUUUGGCUGGAGGGUUCUACAGGUCACUUGAUCUCAUGACAGAAAUCAUGGAAAACGCAGGAGCCACUGUUCUCAGCGCCGGAAGCUACAUGCCACCUGUGGAUGUCGCUAAGUCUCUGGCCGACUACCAUGUCAACAUUCUCACGGGCGACGGCAGCCAGGUCGUCCAAACCGUCUAUCAUAUCUCUCUCAUGGCGCCGGAGGACCGUAAUCGCAUCUGUCUCGAAAAGAUUGUCUACACCUCCGAGCCCUUAACUGGUCCCCAGCGAGCGUUUAUCAAGACGAUUCUCGGCGAUGUCAAGAUAAUUUCCGUCAUGGGAAGUGCCGAGGCAGGGCCCUGGGCAAUUAGCAGUCCGGAUCUGACAGGAGAGCAGAGUGUGACUAGCAACAGCACAGACUUCAUCAUCGACAUGCGCAAUGUUCUGGUUGAGAUCGUCUCUCCCUCUGCCGUCGAUGGCGUAUCUUCGUCUGAGUCGACAGUGCUUCCAGAAGGAGAACAAGGCCUUAUCGUGCAGACAUCUCUCCAGCGACUGCGCAACCCGCUGGUCCGCUACAUUACUGGCGAUAUUGGCUCCAUCCACCCGCUCCCGGACGCGGCCUGUGCUGUAAUUCCCGAGGCUGAUCGGGAACAUUUACGUGUGCUGCGCAUGCGCGGCCGCGACCAUCGCUUCAGCUUCAAGUGGUAUGCCUCUUAUUUCGAGUUUGAGAGGAUUGAUGCCUUGAUGCGGGAAGAAGAUUGUGGUAUUCUGCAGUGGCAGAUCAUUUUGGACCGGUUGGAGAGUACACCGCAGGCAACGCUGGAAAUUCGUCUCCUUCGGUCUCCGCCCCGAGACGGCAUUUUAUCGAACGAUGAUCUUAUCAAACGAUUGGAGGCUUUCUUCCUUUUGUUCCCUGAGAAUGAACAUCUAUUCCGAAUCGUGUUUCUCGAUGACCUUAAAGGGUUCGAACGGAGUGCGACUGCGGGAAAGGUCAUUAAGUUUGUGAAUCGAUGGAGUUGA